AUGGCCAACUACAACUAUGACGAAUCCGGCAACAUGGCCGCGUACUUCUUGCUAACAUUCCUGUGCAUUAUCUUAAUCCCUCUCUCACUAUCAGCACUCCCAUCACGCAAAAGCCCGAGCACACCUGGCUGUCAAUGCAACUUGUGCAUUCAGCAACGAGAGAACAUUCGAAAGCGAGAAGGGGGUUCUAUUCUGGGACCUCGAUUGAAGAGAAAAACCAUCAUCGUUAUAGUAGGAUGGUCGCUGGUCGCUUUCCUCGCACAUAAGCUCGCGACAACAACUGUUAUCAACAAAAUUUAUGACCCAUUCGAAAUCCUGGGACUUCGCAGCGGAGUCUCUUUAAAGGAAAUCAAAUCGCAUUACAAGAAGUUGUCGCGGACAUUCCACCCAGACAAGGUAAAACUUGGGGUCAAUCAAACGAUGGAGUCGGUUGAAGCGAAGUUCGUGGAAAUCACAAAAGCGUACAAAUCAUUAACGGACGAGACUAUUCGUAAGAACUGGGAGCUGUAUGGCCAUCCCGAUGGUCGCCAGGAAGUCUCUAUGGGUAUUGCACUCCCGAAGUGGAUUGUUGAGAGCGGGAACAACAUCUGGGUUCUGGGAGCGUAUGGUGCCAUCUUUGGAGGCGCACUGCCUGCGCUUGUGGGCCGCUGGUGGUUCGGCAACAGACAGAAAACCAAGGACGGUGUGAAUGCUCGUAGCGCCGCCGCAUUCUUCAAGAAUCUAUCUGAGGAAUCGGGUAUUGACGAUGUCGUUGGGACUCUUGGAAAGACUUUUGAAUGGGAGUGGCCAUUUGUUGAAUCUGCUAAGGAUGACAGUGAGCUUCUGGACCUCGAGAACAAGAUCAAGCAGAAGCUCCACGGCAAGUGGGAUGUACUCAAGAAGCUCGCAGAGGCCGACGAGCAUGAACAUCGGCACAGGGCGUUCGUGUUACUUUAUGCGCACCUCUUGCGGUUGCCGGUUGCGAGUUCAUCACUCCGCAAAGAGCAAGAACAGGUGCUGUUGCAGACACCAACGCUGCUGAACUCUUUGCUCAACAUCAGCGUAUCACGUAAUUGGCUCCACCCAACGCUUGCAGUGAUGCGGCUUCAUGCGUACCUCGCCCAAGCGCUACCUCCAGGCCAAGAUCAGCUUAAGCUUGCUCAGCUUCCCUGCAUAAGUGCAGAUGAGGCCAUCCAGCUCACUUCCCGGGCCAACGGCGUGAAGGACGUCAUCAGUACUCUCGAAGCUAAGGGUGAUGAGCGGGUUGAGAAUGUGAAGAAGGCUGUUGAAAGGUGGGGCAGCGUCGAGGUAGUUGGUGCAUCCUUCCGUGUCAUCGGAGAGCGGUUCGUCACACCGUCGUCGAUCGUGUACCUCGUCGCCAAGCUGCGUCUGUCCCCACCCUCGGCUGAGAUGCCCGUCUAUGAACCUGUUCAGGAAACACGCACUCCGGACGCGAAGGAGGAAGAGUUCUUGGCCGGCAAGAAGGAUGCGGAAGACCUGCCACAGGGAGACCUGGGUAAUGGUUGGGCGCACGCGCCAUACUGGCCAGCGAAUCGCAAACCCGCUUGGUGGAUCGUGCUUGCUGACGUCAAACUAGGUAAAGUUGUGGUUCCUCCGCUGAGGGUCACAGAUAUUCCCGUAGCCGACCCUGAGCAUGGCCAGUACUAUCGAUCGUUCAAAAUCCAGUUCCAGGCGCCUCCAGCCGUCGGUAUGUUUACGUGGAGGCUGUACGUGGUCAGCGACACGUUUGUGGGCGAGGAAGCGUGGCGAGAUAUGGUGCUGAAGAUCGAUGACCCGGCGGUGCUCAAUGUGGAGGAGCCAGUGGACGACGAGAUCUCAGAACCCGAAGAGGACUCUCUCGCAGGGCAGAUGGCGAUGAUGCGGGGCGGGUUAGUGAAGAGGCGGCAGGACGAGGAGAGCGAUGAGGAGAGUAGUACAGACGACGAGGAUCACGGAGAGAAGUCUGAUAGCAGCGAUAGUGAUUGA